UAAGGUAAUGAAUAUAUCACAUACGCAGUUUAAAAACGUUGGAUGUUUAGUAUUUAAUCUUUUAAUGUGUAUUAUAGAAACAAAUUGUAUGGAAUGAUGAGUAUAUCAGAAUAUUCUUGGAGCUUCUUGAUGUUGAAUUGGCUAGAAUUAGAUACAAGCAGAAGCUACCGAAAGAAAUCGGCCGAGUGCGGAUUUGUGAAAAGUUUUUGGAACAAACUAAGAUAAAUCUUCUGUGGGAUUCUUUCAAGAGCAAAUACGAUGCUUUGAGAAAUAAGUGGAAUGCUUAUAAGAGGCUGAGAAAUUUCACUGGAAUACACUAUGAUCAGAACACGGGUUUGAUUUACAUGGAUCCGGACUGGUGGGUUGACCGUGAAAAGGAGAUACCAUAUGCCAAAAUUAUCCGUGAAGAAGGAAUUCCCCAUAUGGAGCUUAUGAGACGCAUAUUUGGUUGUCAAGGCAGUAAACCAGAAGCUAUGUACCCAACUCAUAAGCAAGAUGCAAACAAUACUGAGGUAGAUGAGAGGCAAUCAGUGGACAAGUUCGUUCCGAUAGCCGUAGAUGAUGAUGGAGAUGAUUCAAACCGUACUCCUACAAAGGAUGCACAUCUACAGUCUCAAACCAUCACAAACGAAUCUCCUCCACUGUCGCCAAUUGGUCCAGCGAAGCGGUCAGCUAAAAAACAAUCACGUGUUACUCCAUACCCAAGUAAUCGAGGGAAAGAUGUACUACGGAGUGGAGAAAAGAACAUGCCACGAAGAAGAACGGCAUUUGAAACAGAGAUGGGUGGACAAUUCAAAGAAAUGAUGGAAUUUCGUCGUGCUCAAGUAGAAGAGGCAAGAGAACGUAGAGAAAAGAAUGAAGCUACACCAUACAAAGAGGCAUAUGGAGUCUUGCAAUCAAUUCAAGGUUUGACAAGGUGGACAGAUUUUUGGUGGGCGUGUAUCAAAGUACUAAAGGAGGAUCUCUUUGCCCGAGAAAUGAUGGUCUCUAGUGAAAAUGAUCAUGAUAAGAUCAUAUUCUUGGAGGGUUAUACGGGAUAUGAUCGUAACGGAGAUUUCAUUGGAAAUCGUCUCAAUAAUUUGCAAAGUUGCCAAAGAGGUCCUCCAAGUGUCAACCUGGAUUUGAACAUCCGUAACACAAACAUGGAGACUCACGAAGAAUUCAAUGCUCCAUCUCAUACAGAGCUCAUGUCAUUAUUCAAAGAGAUAGGGUAUGAAGGUGGAACCAAGAAAACGGGUUGUGAUGGAGAAUCAAGUCAGACGAAGACUUUUAAUCUAGAAGAUUAAAAAUCUUUUAAUAAUAUUCCUUUUCCUUUUUCUAAUGCAUUUUAGGUUAAGGUUUUUUUUUUGUUUUUUUUUUUUGGUUCAAUGCUAAGAAAUUAGUUCUAUUUUGCUUAAUGUUACAUGGUUUAUGAUUAAUAAAAUAAUUAAGUUCUAAUCCUAGUUUUUUUUUAUUCUCAUCUAUUUAUAGGUCAUACGAUUAAACGAGCUGUAUUCUCGGGGUUUAGAAAAUCUUACAGAAGACGAGUUGCUAGAGUUGUACAAUCUAGAAGAUGAUGAGUAUAUGGAUACGAUAAUGCAGCCUUUGAUGGAGUAUUACAAUCGUUAUUUUUCUAAACAACCAAUGGCGGAAGAACGAGGAUUAGGUUGGCAAAACCUUGAAAGGCAGAUUCGUAACAAGCCGGUAAAUUGUAUGAACAUGUUAAGGAUGCAUCCGGAAGCAUUCAAGAACCUGUGCACAACGCUGGAGCAACGUUACAACUUACGGAGUACCGAUAAUAUCAGUAUUGAUGAGAUGGUGGCAAUAUUUUUGGUUACAUGCGGUCAAAAUGCAUCUCAACGCUUUGUUGGAAUGACUUUUGGUCGUUCCCAAGAGACUGCUUAUCGAAAGUUCCAUGAGGUACUGGACGCUGUAGAGAGACUUGCAUGUGAGUAUUUAAAAACUCCAACAACAACAUCACUCCAGCACUAUCCUCGUAAGUUACAAGAAGAUUCAAGAUAUUGGCCUUUCUUUAGUGGAUUUGUUGGAGCACUUGAUGGAACGCAUGUCAAAGUAAUGGUUGGAGGUAGUGAUGCAGUUGGGUAUUUUGAUAGAAAUGGACAGAAAAGUCUAAACAUAAUGGCCAUAUGCGAUUUAAACAUGAUCUUCAAGUAUGCAUGGCUAGGCGCAGCUGGAUCCACACAUGAUUCAUUGGUGUUGCAGUAUGCAAUAGAUGGAGAUCCUUUAUUCCCGAGACCUCCUAUAGGUAAGUAUUAUCUCGUCGAUUCUGGAUAUGCGAACAAGCGGGGAUUUCUAGCUCCAUAUAGAGGAAGCAGCAGAGAAAACAUCAGAUAUCAUCUUUCAGAAUUUGAUGCAGGUGCUCCGAGGAACAAAAAAGAAUUAUAUAAUAGGUGGCAUGCAUCACUUCGUUCUGUGAUAGAACGAACAUUCGGAGUUUGGAAAAAAAAAUGGACGAUUCUUGACAAUUUGCCUCGUUAUGAUGUCAAGACUCAGAACAGAAUUGUGCAUGCUACUAUGGUUCUUCACAAUUUUAUCAGGCUUCAUAGAAUUCCAGAUGCUGAUUUUGAAGACGAAAAUGUCACUGCUCGAGAUAGUCGUGGACGACGAUUUGCAGAAGGCGAACUUAAUCGACUUGAGGAAGAAGAGGGAACAAAUGAUGGCCAAUAUAUGAAUAACGUACGAGAUGAGAUAGCAAAUAUGCUAUGGAAUGUACGUCGUCAUUAGUUUCUCUCUUUUUAUUUUCUAUGUCUCAAAUGUUUUUCAUUUUUUUUUACAUAGGAUCAUUUUAUUUA